UGUCGCUUAAACACGUCAUUACGUUCCGCUCAGAGGCUAUGGCGCUUCCUGACUGGAUGGUAACGCUGGUUAUCACCGCAUCCUUCUUCUGUUUCUUCUGUUUAUGUGUUCGUUACAGACGCGCAGGAAAAUUGUUUUGGAGAGAUUUGUUGAGCAAAAUAAUGGCUCGCACGGAGAAGCCAUUGUUCCGAAUCGCGUACACACUCUACACUCGGACCAGACUUGGCUAUAUGUACUACAAGAGGCAAAUGAGGAAAGCCCGAGAACAUUACCCUGCUGGACAUUCCACAGCUCAGCCCAUGGAGUUCAAUGGUAUCAAAAUAAUUCCCAUCUCGGUACUGUCUGACAACUACAGCUAUCUUGUAAUUGACACGGCCUCCAGUGUUGCAGUUGUUGUAGACCCUGCAGACCCUCAAACAGUUCAGGCAGUCCUUGAGGAAGAGGGAGUUACGUUAGAAGCAAUACUCUGUACACACAAGCAUUGGGACCACAGUGGGGGAAACAAAGGGUUGAAAAGGCUUCACAGCUCAUGCAGAGUUUAUGGAAAUGCAGCUGAUAACAUUCCUGGACUCACGCACCCUCUCUCACACAAGGACUCAGUAACAGUUGGCCGUAUGCACUUUAAGGCCCUCUUCACUCCAGGACAUACAGUGGGCCACAUGAUCUACCUCCUAGAUGGCCGGGGGGUCAGCGCCCCCUCCAGCCUCUUCUCUGGUGACCUGGUGUUCCUCUCAGGAUGUGGAAGGAUGUUUGAAGGCAGUGCCACAACAAUGCUGUCAUCUCUGGACACAGUCGCCUCCUUGAGUGAUGAUACUCUCUUAUGGCCUGGUCAUGAGUAUGCAGAGGACAACCUGCUUUUUGCUGCUGAGGUUGAGCCACACAACGCUGCCAGGGAAAACAAAUAUCAGUGGGUGCUGCAGCAGCGAGGCCAGAAGCUGUGCACGAGUCCGUCCACUAUCGGAGACGAGAGGCAGUACAAUCCUUUCUUGCGCAGUCACUCUGCAGAGCUCCAUCUGGCCCUGGGCCUCCAGCAGUUCCAGGAUGAAGACUGGACCCAGUUCAGGGCUCGGGUGCUGGAGGAGCUGCGAAAACGCAAAGACCUCUACAACAGGAGAUAGAACUGGGAACAAUAAGACCAAAAGUCAGAGAACAGAGGAGUGAGCUCACCUGUGCUGGACGUGGUAUGAAAGCAGCAAUCUGCAGUUUUAAAGUAAAGAUGCGGGGAGCUCUGAGGUACUGUAUAAAAGGUUAAGUCUGUUCAAAGAAACCAGUUUUGUACAUUUAAAGGGGCAUUCAGUCAUUUUUGACCUUUAUCAACCUGUAUCAGAGACUACUAGAAACAUAGUCACAACUUCAUUAUUACAUGAUACUAAUCAAUAAGCCUAUGGCCUCCCCACAUACUGUAUAUUAUGCUAAUUUUGUGUUUCUAGACAGUGCUCAUUUAUUGCCUCUUUAACACAGAGACAAAAACAUGUAGAUUUGCAUGAGUAGCUUUCUCUUAUUUUACAAGUAGGUAAAAACAGAUUUCUGAUUCUGGUGUGUGAAGCACAGGGUGGUAACAGGUCUGCACACUACAUAAGUUAGCAUGUUAGGUACUGUGUUUUUUACUACACAACCUGGUAUUAUUUUUAAGGCAAUAAUACAUUGUUUUAAAAUCCUUACAUGAAGAUCUUUGGUACGCUGACUGUAUUUGGUAUGCUGGUUUCACAUUUACAGUGCUGCUGAACAGUAAUUAACUUUGCUGUGGAAGCUGUGAUUUUUGGACUUGAAUAUUUGAUUGUAUUACUAUAAUGGUACUGUAAAUUUAACAAAUCACAAACACUGCUUGCUGUCGGUACUUUGUAUUAAAGUCAGCACAACGUAUUGGGGGGGGGGGGUCUGUACACUAGCCUUUCAUGUGAAUCUUUGUUUGCUGAAUCAAAGAGCCAAUUUUGUUUUGACUUAAACAAGAUGUUACUAACAUGAGUUCUUUAUGAUGCAUGUGAUUGGGCUACAAGCUCUGUUUUUUUGUUGUUGUUGUUGUUUUUUUCAUUUUAUAAUCCUCCUAUGAAACAAGAAUUAAUCUGAAACGGGGCCCCAGGUAUUAGACGUGGAACAUGUGUUUUCUAGUACAGCCCUUUUUUGUGCCCCUGUAUUUUCCAAGUGGUAGUAGUUGCACUACAUGAACGAGAACAGCAGCAUAUGUGAAGGAUUUGACCGGUAGUGCACUGUAAUGUAUGAAAUGUGACUUACUGUUGAAUUACUCAUAACUGCCAACAGUUAUAAUGAACAUAAUCAAACGUACAGGGUGGUGUUGAGCCAAACAAUCUGUAGGCACACACUUUGUUUUGCAAUCACUUUUGACUUUUGUUUAAAAUAUGUAAUAUUCGAGAGUAAGAUGGUGAAAGAUCUUUAAUCUUCUUUAUAAUAUGAGACUACAAUGUGACAUUGACUGUGGCAUUACUUUAAAAUUUCAGAAUUUUGGAAUGUUUUUGUAGCCAAUUUGAAAACUUUGGAGAGCAAAAUUGUACAUAUUUUUUAAAAAUAUUGAAAGAUUUAUUAUACUGUGACAAUACAAUUACACUUAAAAUUAUUUCAAGUAAAAACGUAUUCUUCCCAUGUACAUUUGAAUAUUUUGGUUGCUAUUUAUAAAGGAAGACUAAUGCAGCCUGAGAUGGGCGAGAAUGCAAAGGAAUACACCUUUAAAUUUUUGAGGAGAUACGAGCGCUCUUCAGAUUCCUCCGUUUCUCCUGCAGAAGGGCUCAAAUCAAAGCACCUUGUCCCCUGGUGAUUGUUGACUAAAAUGUUAUUCUGUUUGUUUGAUGCAGAUUCGCAUCUUAUUUGCAUAGGUUUGAGUUAUGAAUACCACCACAUGGGAGACUGUUUUACUUCAGGUUACGUUUUAAUGAGGAAAUAUGAAAGUAAACUCCUUCAUUAGAGCUGUGUAUGUGUUAUUUGUUGUCUUUAUGAGUGUUCAAAACUGACAGCUGAGUUAUUUUUCCCACUGCUGUAACUUCCCUCAACUCAAAUAAGAACAUAACCUACUUUAUGCACAUGCAAAAGAUACUCUAUAAAAAAAAUGUGAACUGAACAAUGUGUCGACAAAGCAGUGUAAUAAAACACAACGACGAGCUGUAGGAUUACAGACCAA